CUAAAUACUACUUUUCAACCCUAGCCGCUAUCUCUCACAUUCUCAACAUUCUAUCUUCUUCCUCCCUACCCACCCAAAUCCGCCUCCUAGCUCUGUCUCCUCACCAAGCAAGUCACUCUUCCUGGAAAUCAAUUCUUCAUUCUACUUUCAAAACUUCGUCUCCGCCGAUUAUUAUAGCGUCUUUGCCGUCAUAAAAAAUGAGAAAGAAAUCAUGCCAGCUCUUCGAUUACUUCCACUCAAUCUUCACAUUUCGUAUCCCCAGUUGCGCAAGCCCCUUGAUCUGCAAUUACCUCUUCCCGCUCAAGAUCUUGAGCGCCGCAUCUCUCAAUCUUGGAGAAGGUAUGAAAAAGUGUUUUAUAAUCUAUUUCAUCCCUUUCGCCUUCUCAACUAUCGAGCUCAUCAGAAAAUUGACGAGAUUCGCCGUCCGAUAGUCUACAAGGAUCGGUAGAUCGGUUGGAUUCUUAUGAUAAGAUCUUCUCCCACCGACAUAUUCCCCAAUCUCCGUCAGUGUCUAUUUAAUUUGUUUAGUAUUAGUAUUUAGGGCGCCGCUGACAGUGCUAGAAUAUGUUUGUGUUAAUGGUGGAGGUGGAAGUGGAUUGAGCUACUGAACAAAGAUUUGGAGAAGGGAAGCUCCAGACAAGGUGAGUGAUUCGGUUCUACUCAUCUUUGUAUGUGUCAAUUUAGUGCUCAUGGAGGUAAUUGGUGUAGAAACCGUUAACAGCAACGACUGAGGAGUAAUGGCUACAAGGAGAAAAGAAUGAAACAACAAUUAGAUCUGGGUGAAUUAUGUAAGAUAUAUGAGCUAAUAUCGUAUUUCCCAUCUCUCACUAGAGUUGCUCUGACAGUGAACUUGUGUUUUUUUUUCUCUCUCUAGGAACUCUUACUGAUUAAUAGAUACCAUGAAGUCAACAAUAUAUGUUUUCAGUGUGAUGAUAACUAGUUCAGAAGAAGCUAAGAAAUCUAUAGCAUGACCCCUUUCUCGGUAAUUGCUUCCUACCACCCUUUACCUAGCCAAAAUUCUAGUACGUCUUGUUUCUUAUAUAUGUUUAUGUUUUGCUUGGGAUGGUGUUUGAUAAAUCUGUGUUGACCUCUGAAUUAGUAUACCAUGUUAAGUUCAUCAGAUAUAGCAUUAGUAAAUUAUUGGAGAGGGUGGAUGUACCUUAGUGUGCUCUGCCCUUGCAUGAAUUCUACCAUAUAUAGUCCAAACUGUUAUUGCUAAACUAUUUAUUGCCCAGUUUUCAGAUUCUGCAUACUGUAUGGUACAGAGUAGACAAUUGUUUUGUGGUAAGUCAUUGAUGUUCAAGGUGAUGGGUGAAAGGUGUGGAUGAACGGGCUCCAAGUUUGGCUUAGGGAAGAAUGUAGUUAAAUUUUGUUUCACCACGAAAUGGGUGCAGGGAAUGAGAGCUUUGUGUUUGAUUGUUUAUUUGUCUCUUUCAACAUCUCUUGAAACCAUUUAUGUUAUACACUUAAGUUUGUGCUCGGUGGUAUGCAGAUUACGGGCAGAGCUACUAAUACAAGACAUGAGCGAACAGAGUAUCCCUAGUAGGUACCCUUGCUUGCUUGUUGAAAAUACGAAAUAGAUAUUGUUACUGUUUUAGUAUCACAAAUGGACAUUGGGGUUAUAUUUCUAUGUUUGAAUUUGAUUGGAUGCACUUUCCUCCUUAUCAAUAGUGAUCUAUGAUGUUCAAGGCUUGCUGACGAGAAAUAGGAGGGUUUUUUUGUUUUCCUGGUAGCACAACCCGUGGUUGGUGAAUGAAUUUAUGUACUAGUCUAUUAUUGUAUAGUUUUAUGUACAAGACUAGCCACUCAUGUGAACGAUGUACAUAUUAAUUGAAGCUUAUAUGAUAAAUAUACUCCAACAGGUUAUCAAUGAGUAUUCCCAGACGCAGUAGGUUAUCAUGGCUUGAAUGAGGUGUGUUGAGAGUUAAACCUGGCUUUUACUAAAACACUUGCAUUUUUACAUUGUAUUUAUGUUCAUAUGCGUUGCUUGAUGGUGAAUUUUGCUAUAUUAGUUGUGUUUCUUUCUUUUACAUUGUAUAUAUAUGUUACAAGUGAAAUUCUGGACUUUUAUGGUUGCAUAUUUGUGUAUACCUAAAUCAUCAUACUAACUUCUUACUAAUUGAUUAUGUAUGCAGAUAAUCAGCUAAGGUUGGAUAUUUUGGCUAAGGAGUAGGAUGUUGAUAUUUUGAGUAUGAACGAUUAAAGCUUUCAUAUUCGUGUAUAGUUCUAUAAAGAUUGCAAAUGUCGUGGCUUGUGUAUGGAUUUAUUAUGUAUGAGAUUACUCUGCUGAAAAAAAAAUAUAUAUAUAUGGUGGCGUAUUCGGUGCACCCACUUUUUCGGGUGCACUCAGUGCACUCACUUCAUAACCGUCAUUUUAAACAUGCGAUUCAUGUCAAAAUGAUGUCAAUCAUCACUUAUGAUGUGAUGAACAAUAACGCACAUGAAUUUGC